GCCGCCCCUUUAAAACACAAGCCUGCAUUAUCUUCAAAAGUUCCUGCUGCAUCCAAAAUAUUACUUUUGCUUGUGCCUCUAUACCCAGCGCCCCUCAACGCUAUGUCUAGCCUGUCAACAUCACGUGACAUCCUAAUGUGUACAGAUGACUACUAUAUAUAUUGCGUUGUAAGGGCAAGUCGUCAUCACGAGUGAUAAAGACUUCGCUAGAACAGGUGGUAGAUUGUACCAUAUUAAGCAUGUUAUUUUGAAUGCGGUUCUCCAUUUGCAAUGAUUUGGAGUCUUUUAAGAGCCGUGACACAGCCCCUUAAACCUGACCGGAAGUUAUGACACAACCUCUAUAACCAGACCGGAAGUGAUGUCAAGUGUCGGAGCUAUUGCCACCCUGUGCCUAGCCCUAACCCUUGCGUCGGAAUCAGGUGUUGCGCAGACCAGGAAGGAUAUCUAUUUCGGCGCGUUUUUCGGAGUUGACAUGGACAAGGUCUCAGCUUGGAGUUCGGAGUCACUUAUACCAGCUGCUGAGAUGGCGCUUGAAGAUGUUAACAAUGACAGCUCGAUACUUAGAGACUACAGACUUCUCUACCACUGGGGAGACUCGAAGUGUGAUAGCGGCGCGGCGAUCAGGGCUUUGCUCAAGCAACAAGAGUCCCCUCCACACAAGGUCGCAUUCCUAGGUCCCGGAUGUUCCUCUGCUUCGACGUCUUUAUCGGAGGCAUUGAAUUACUGGGAGGCCAUCCAGAUUGGUUUUAGCAUGUCAUCCCCGUUGUUCUCGGACAAAGAGAAGUUUCCGCGUCUUUUUCGCACAGCUACAUCUGAGCUGAUGGAGAACCCCGCCCGUGUCGCCAUCCUCAGGCACUUUGGAUGGCGUAAAGUCGCCAUACUGGUGGAGAACCUUAGUAUAUUCGUCAUGACAAAAGAAAAUCUAAUUGAAGAGGCUGAAAAGUACAACAUCACUGUCAUUGCCUCAGAAAGUUUUAAUAGCGACCCUACAAACUCUCUUAAAUACUUGCAGGAAAAGGAUGCACGUAUCAUCAUUGGCCUCAUGUACGAAGAUAAGUUCAGAAAAGCAAUGUGUUCAGCAUAUAGGCGCGGUUACUAUGGCUGGAGGUACGUGUGGAUGAUCGUCGGGUGGUAUUCUCAUUGGUGGACUGUCAAUGACGUCACCUGUACAUCGGAAGAGCUUUUGCUUGCGGCAAGCAAUGUAAUACAGACUAUCCCCCUUCCCCUCAGUCAGAACUCGGCACCCACGAUAUCAAAAUGGGUACCCUCUGCCUUAAACCAGCGUUAUUCCGCGGCAAUCACACAGAAGAAUCUAACUUACAACAUGUAUGCCGCGUUCACAUACGAUGCUGUAUGGACACUCGCUCUCAUGCUGAAUGCCUCGAUUCCACUCCUGCGCGCGCAUAAUAAGUCACUAGAAACGCUGACAUAUCAUGACCACAUUGGAGCGAAGAUAUUCACCGAUAUUUUGCAGAAAACUGAUUUCCACGGCAUGUCGGGUCGAGUGACGUUUGACUUUAACGGUGAUCGAGAAACACAGGUUCAAAUAGCGCAAGUCAAAGGAACUGCUCGACGAGUUGUUGGUAUAUUUGACGUUCGUGAAUCGUCUCUCAACAUCACGCCUGGAGGAUUUCAAUGGGCGAGUAACCAUCCUCCUUAUGACGGCGUGACCAAGAUUCGUUCGGAAUUCUCGACCGACGGGCUGGACUGCGUAAUGUUCGUAGUCCUUGUGAUAGCAGGACUUUUGUUCUGCGCGUUUUGUUUGCUGUUCAACUACUACAACAGAACCAACAGAUACAUCAAGAUAUCUUCCCCUCGUUUUAAUAACGUGACCGUGAUUGGCUGCUGCGUGUGGUAUAUCGACGUCCUUCUUAGCACGUGUAGUACAUACACCUCAAUAAAAGAGCACCGAUUAUACUGUAUAGCUCGUAGCUGGCUCCUACCAACAGGCUUCACGCUGGCGUUCGGGGCGAUGUUCGCUAAGACCUAUAGAGUGUACAGAAUAUUCACCAACAAUGAGCUGAAGAAGGAACUUGGACCAAUAAGCAACCGAUGCCUUGCGUUACGCUUGUUCGUGUACUGGAUGGGUAACGCAAUACUCCUGGUUGCCUGGCAACUGAUUGACCCUCUGUACAGCAUUGAGGUCCUUGCUCAGGAGAAGGAAAGCAGCUCAAACAACCACGAUACCAUUCACCUUAUUUACAGUCACGAGUGCCACUCAACGUACUACCAACGCUGGGUCAUCUCGCUGCUCACUUACCAGGGUGCCCUGCUGGUCUUCGGGAUGUUCCUCUCUUUUGAAACCCGUCACGUGCACAUAGAAGGACUUAACGAUUCCCGGAGCAUUGGGAUAGCUGUGUAUAACGUGUUCAUGUUCUCAUCUCUUGCGGUGUGCAUUGAGUAUUUCGUCACGGAUAAGCAGCGGCGCCUACUGUUUGGAAGGUUGAUCAUCUUUGGUUGUACUACAUUCACUAUUGCGUUACUCUUCUUACCUAAGAUUAUUUAUCUCAGGAAAAACCGUCGAGUGAGCAACGACUUCACAACAAACGAUAAAAACUCGUCGUCGAGUAGCAAGAGCAACACGAGCGGGAAAAGAUCUAUUCUUGUCGGUCCGAUGCAAUCAAAAGAGUGAUACAACAGAGAUAAUGCUCUGAUAAGUAAGCCGACAAGACUAUUCUUGUCGGUACGAUACACAAUCAAGAGUGAUAUCAGAGAGAAGAUUCGCUUCGAGUUCUUGUCGGUACAAUUCAAUUAAAAGAUGAUGUUACAGAGAUAAUUCUCUGAUAGCAUCACGAGCUGUGAACUAGGAACUGGGGACUUUUCCUGUCGGUCCGAUACAAAUAAAAGUAUAUAGUCAGAAAGAUUAUCCGAUCCAAAUUUUGUUUUGCGUUAUCCCUACAAUACAAACAAAAUAAUGAUAAAAUGUUGAUCCCAUUUGAAAAAAACCCUUUAAGAUCACUGGCCCAUGUGAAAGUCACUUUAAACCACUGUGAAAUCAUUGUAAACCGCUGUGAAAUCAUUGUGAACCACUGUGAACUGCUGUGAAAAUUACUGUAAACUUAUGUAAAAUCAUUGUAAACCCGUAAAAAUCAGUUUGAACCCCUGUAAAAAUCAUUUUGAGCCCUGUGAAAAUUACUGUGGACCCCUUUGAAAUUCACCGUUAACCACUUAGGAUGAUUGAGCCCCAGUAAAAAUCACUGUUGACAUCAUUGUGAAAAUUAUGGCCGCUGUGAAAUCAUUGUGAAAAGUUGGGACUGUUAAUCCUCCUUCUAGGAUAACGACAUCAAGAAUCUCUGGCAGCGAAAUACAAAGUGUGCAGGAAAGGCUAUUGUGAUAAUUUAUUGAAUUUGGUGAACGAUGUAUAGGGCUUUGAUUUAGAUGGUCAUAUCGAGAUUUCUUUACAUUAUGUUCAUCCGAUAAUCGAAUAUUAUAAGCAUAAAUAAAAAUAAACAACAGUUAAGAAA